ACAGCAGCAAUCAGUUGCAAUCCGAUUGAACUCCAGGGUAGAUCUUACGCUUAAGGGUAAGAAGAUGUGGACAAAAUUAUUGAUUACAUUAAUCAGCGCAUCAGCGGUGCAUGGCCAACAGCAGCAGCAUCAGCAACAACCACAGCCAGAUCCAGCAGCCGUUGAAUCGUGUGAUCUUUUCAAGCGCUCAGUCCUUGAGAGACGGAUUGUGGGCGGAAAGCCGGCCAAUCCGAAGGAAUUUCCAAGUGCCGCUCGUUUGGGUUACCGCAAUAUGGCUGAAAAUAAGACAAAGUGGUUUUGUGGUGGAACAUUGAUCACCAAUCGAUUGGUGCUCACUGCCGGCCAUUGCUUGUACACCGAUAUUGGACCGGUGAAUAUUGUGCGAUUGGGCGAACUGGAAUUUGAGAACGACAAAGAUGAUGCCGAUCCUGAAGACUUUGGUGUUCUUAGAACUAUCUUACAUCCGGACUAUAAACAUCCGCUUCUAUACAAUGAUAUUGCCUUAAUUCGCAUAGAUCGUGCAGUAACCUUUAAUGUGUAUAAGCAUCCCGCCUGUUUGCCUUACGAUGAUGGCGAAAGCCACGAAUCAUUUAUCGCCAUUGGUUGGGGGCAGCAGAAGUUAGCCGGAAGACCUUCAAAUAAAUUACUUAAAGUCAUUCUCGAAGGAUAUGGCAAAAGAUGUCUUACAGAUCUGGAGUCAAAUUCAGAAUUACCCAAUGGCUAUAAUGCCAGUACACAACUCUGCAUUGGUUCACCUGACUCUAAGGAUACCUGUAAUGGUGAUUCGGGAGGCCCAGUGCUGAUCUAUGACAAUAAACAUCCGUGCAUGUACAAUGUGAUGGGAAUCACUUCAUCUGGCAUUAGUUGCGAUACACCGAAUAUACCAUCAGUUUACACACGAGUUCAUUACUAUAUGGACUGGCUAAAACAGGAAAUUGCUAAGGUCAAGUAAAAAUUCGAGGAAUUGUUCAUUAUUAUUGUAUAUUAAUUAACAAGAAUAUUAUUUGUAUUUGCAUAUAAAUCAGAAAGCUUAUUCAAAA